AUGACAAACACCACCACCACCGAGUCGGCGUCCAACAAGGCGCUGGAGGACUCUGGCUACAACACCAACACCGAGGGUCUGAGCAAGAUCGAGGCCCGCAACGUCCGCUGGUACUCGUACUUCACCACCUGGGACUUCUGGCUCGUCGUCGCCCUGGGCCAGUUCCUCUGCGUGUGCAACACCGCCACCAGCGUCUUCACCACCCUCCUUGCCGACUACGGCACCUCCGUCCCGGCCUUCCAGACCUUCUUCAACUACGUCCUGCUGAGCCUCGUCUACAUCCCCUACAUGUUCUACCGCUACGGCUGGCGCAAGGUCUUCCGCAUCGUCUACAAGGACGGCUGGCGCUACUUCAUCCUGUCCUUCCUUGACGUCGAGGGCAACUACUUCACCGUCCUCGCCUACCGCUACACCAACCUCCUCAGCGCCCAGCUGCUCAACUUCUGGUCCAUCGUCUGUGUCGUCAUCGUCUCUUUCCUGCUCCUCCGCGUCCGCUACCGGCCCUUCCAGAUCCUCGGCAUCCUCGUCGCCUGUGGCGGCAUGGGCAUGCUGCUCGGCUCUGACGCCAUGACCAGCGGCACCGCCGGCGGCGCCCCGAACAAGGUCAAGGGCGACCUGUUUGGCCUCGCCGGCGCCACCUGCUACGGCCUCAGCAACGUCUUCGAGGAGUGGUACGUCUCGCGCCGCCCGCUCUACGAGGUCCUGUCCUUCAUGGGCUUCAUCGGCAUGUUUGUCGGCGGCGCCACCGCCGCCAUCUUUGACCGCUACACCUUCCAGCAGGCCACCUGGAACGGCCCCGUCAUCGGCUACAUCGUCGGCUACACCCUCGCCCUCUUUGUCUUUUACACUUUCGCCCCCUUCAUCCUGCGCAUGGGCUCCGCCGCCUUCUUCGACAUCAGCCUGCUCACCGGCAACUUCUGGGGCAUCAUCAUCGGCAUCCACGUCUUUGGCUACACCGUGGCCACCCUGUACCCCAUUGCCUUUGUCCUGAUCAUCCUGGGCCUUAUCGUCUACUUCCUCGCUGGGAGCAUGCUGGGUGACUCGAAGAAGCCGUGGCUGGGGGCCAACCAGGAGGCCGGCGUCGCGGGCUUUGGGACAGCUAAGCUUAAGGCUCUUAACGAGGCGAGGAAGCAGGGCAUGAUUGCUCGGGAACAGGCUGUGUAA